AUGGUUCGUCGAUUCGACAAGCUGGGUGUUCGGGCCAUUCUACGUCUACAGGACGAAAUACGAACUAUCGAGCAGGCUAUUGACCAUAUUGACGACGAGAUGAUGAAGCCAAACGGUCAGGCUAACAACAACGGCACUUUCCGGCACGAUCGCUCAGCAGAGCGCCAACGUCUGAUCUGGAGGGCGUCUGCGAAGCUCGACAGAUACUACCGCUUUGUUCAUCUAUACGCACAACUGCGAGACUGGCCGUCGCCUACUGAUAGGGAUCUGAAAAGCGUCCGGGGCUGGGUUGACACAAGAACGCACUGGGAAUGGCAGAGCGGCCCUCUGCGUACGGUGAAGCCCCAGAUACGGCCAAUAGAAGAGGAAGAGAUUGAGUUCCUUGAGGCCCCCGACCUUCUUGCAAUCGUUCCUGAGAAAAGGUCCGCCCUUCGCCGUCUGCUUGAGCGUAAUGACCGAUCGUGGCUGGCCCGCCUGUUCCGCAAAGAGAUUCCACGCUCCCUGAAGUCCAACACUAAGAACAACCCGCUGGUCGUCACAGACGAUAAGGCAUUAGAGCGGUUCGAUAGGCUCGUUACAGGUUUCAUCGGCCUUGCGAUGCUGAUCGCCCCCUUGUGGAUCAUCGGGUCUGUCCGCCCAUACUACCCCAAAGUCGGUGUCAUUACAUGCUUUAUCUUCGUGUGUCUUGUCCUGGUAAGGACGGGCACAAACGCAAAGCCAUCCGAGGCACUUGGCGUGACGGCAGGAUACGCUGCCGUGCUCAUGGUCCUUCUUCAGGUGAAGAAGGGGGAUUAUUGA